GAUUGUAACCCAACCCAAGCCAAGCAAAAAGCCCAAGACUAUCCCCCCUACCCCAACAUGUAAGAUGUUCCCUGCGUAUUUUUCAGGUUUCAUGUUGAUGAUAUAGUUAAAAGAUACAGGAGAUUGAAGUCGGUGAUCAAAACCCUUCACUCUUUCCAUCAAGCUUCCCUCUUGGAUCUUUCAUCAGUGACCAGCAAUUGACUGUGAAAAAAGAAGUAAAAAAAUGUCACAAACUAAUGAUGUUGAGGGUGUAAAGGAGAAGAAAGUGAUGAAUGAUGGUGAAAAAACUCAAGUUUAUGAUGGUAAAGAUCAAAUCUUUGGUGAAGAAGUUGCUGUAUCUGAAGAGUUAAAAGAUUCAGAUGAAAAUGAAAAUGAAAAGAAUCUGAUGCCCUCAGCCACAGAGGAGGAAGAAGCAAUCAAAAAAAAGUAUGGAGGUUUAUUACCUAAAAAGCCAACCUUAAUAUCCAAGAACCAUGACCGUGCAUUUUUUGAUUCAGCUGAUUGGGCACUAGGAAAGCAAGGAUCACAAAAGCCUAAAGGACCACUUGAAGCAUUGCGCCCCAAAUUACAGCCUACCCCACACCAGCAAAUGCGUUCGAGACGGUCGGUUUAUGCACCUGCAGAAGAUGAUAAUGAAGCUUCAUCUUCCGAGGAUCAAAGCUGCACAUUGGAGGGGGACAAUGAUACUAUAAACUCUGGAACAGAGGAGCAUGUUCAUGGUGAUGGUGAUGAAACAUGACAUGAGCCACAACUGUGGAGUUUGGAUCACUUUUUAGAUUUAAGUGCUACUAUUUUUGUUGUUUGUAACAACCAUUGACUGUAUCUGAGCCACCACUUUUAUUGUUGGUGGGAGCAAUAAAUAUAGAAACGGAAGAGGAGUUAAAGUGAGCUUUUUCAGGGGAGGAUUUUUGUAUUUUUAAUGAGCAUCUGUAAUUUCAAGUUUAACUGCAUUGGUAAAAGCAAAGCCCUUGUAAUAAUGUUCUCUAUAUCUUCUUGUGCUUCAAAAA